AUGGCGUCCGAUGAGAAGCCUGCUGCAGACACUCCUCAGGAUGCGCAGGCACAGCAAGCCCCUAUCCAGCCAGAGCCGGCCAGCCGACCUGACCCGGACUCUGCGAAUGCCCUACAGAAGGAGCUCGCUGUGGUAGAGGAAGGCUUUCUCAAGAAUGAGGGCCGCAUCCCCAAUCCCGAGGAAGCCAUUGAGGCUCUCGGCAUACCCAACUGGCGCGAGCUGGAGAAGAAGUAUGUCGCCCUCUUAUUCUGUCUCACAGCGACGAGAAAUUGCAUGGACCGCGCCUCCAUUGGUCAAGCGAGGUUGAGUACUCUCGACGAGGACUUGAACCUGGCCGGUAGCGACUUUUCUACUGCUGUGUCUAUUCUCUCCAUCGGUUACGUUCUCGGCCAACUCCCCAGCAACAUGUUGAUCACCAAGAUCCGCCCCAGUAUCUACCUCUGCUCCAUGGCAUUAGUCUGGUCCGGUGUCAGCGCCGCCACCUGCGGUGUCACCGACUCCAAGGGCCUCAUUGGCGUCCGCUUCGCUCUUGGUCUCGUCGAGGCGCCUCUCCUCCCUGGCGCCGUCUACCUCCUGGGCUGCUGGUACACAAGGAAAGAAGUCGCGCUGCGCAUGGCCAUCCUCUACUCUGCCCAGACCCUCGCGUUCUGCUCAGCCGGUCUGAUCGCCGCCGCCAUCUACGCCACGCUGGAAAAGGUGCACGGCCUCGCCGGCUGGCAGUGGCUCUUCAUCAUCCUCGUCGUCACGGGCGCAGGCUUUGCCCUCAUCUGCGUCUUCAUCCUGCCUGACUACCCAACCUCCACCACCGGGAGCGCGCGAUGGACCAUGACAGAGGACAUGCGCCGGAUCGCGGCGGCGCGCAUCCUCGCCGACCGCCCCUCCACCCCCAAGGGCAAGGCCGGCGCGUGGGAGGGGCUGAAGCUCAGCGUGCGGGAUCCCAAGCUCUGGGUCCUCACCAUGAUGAACAUUUGCAUCUCCGCCGCCUACGGCUUCUCCAACUUCUACCCGUCCAUUGUGCGCGGUCUCGCCGACAGCUGGGGCUUCAGCUCCACCAUUGCGCUGCUGCUGACUGCGCCGCCCUACAUCUUUGCCGCUAUCGGGUCGUAUAUCAAUGCCUGGCACUCUGACAAGACCAAGGAACGCGGUCUGCACUAUGCGAUCCCCGUUCUUGUUGCUUGCACUGGCUUCAUCGUGUGUCUGGCCACGUCCAGUCCCGAGGCUCGUUACGGUGCUUCCUUUAUUUACGUUGGUGGCAUGUAUAUUGCCAAUCCCCUAAUUAUGGGUUAUGUCAGCGGCGUCCUUGGAAAGACGCCCGAGAAGCGAGCCGUGUCCGUUGCCUUGUGCAACCUGAUCUCCCAGCUUGGAAACUUCACUGCCCCCUACAUGUUCCAGCCGUCCGAGGACCCGCGCUACAUCAGCGCCUUUAUCGGCAUGAUGUCCUUUGGCAUCGCGUCGGCAGGCUGCGCCAUUGGUCUCAAGUGGUGGCUCGUCAGGUCCAACAAGAAGCUCUACAAGGCGGCUGAAAGGGAGGGCACAGCCUACCCGCCUUAUGUCACUUAAUGCCACAUCAUGGAGUGGGCAGUCUGUUGAGAUGUGACUGGGAAGGUGUCGCGGGGAGGCAUGCUCCA